GAAGCUUGUUUCUCCAAUUAUCUCAUUUGGUAAAGACGUUUCAUUAGCGAUAUCGUGUUAACGUCGAAAGUCCUCCUCUCGUUACGGUCCGGUCCGACACAGAAAUUUUUAUUUAAUAUUUACUUUAUUUUUUGUCCAUUUAUUAGAAAGAAAGUCAUUGAUUGGUGCAAUUUAUUAAUAUAAAUUUAUUAAACAACUAUAUAAACUCCUCAUUACUGCCCAUUAACGAGCUUCCCUUUUCCUCUGUUCUUCACUUUAAGAAAAUUACAAACUUUUAUCUUCUAUUGGACGAAUCUUUGAUCUGGUUUUAAUUAAUCACACGCUUACUUUAGGAUUUUUUUACCUGAAUUCGAAUAUAUACUUUUGAUUUUCAUCUUCCGUAGUCCGUACCGUAGAAUUGAGGAGCUUCAUGGAGAACGAGCUGUUUAUGAAUGCAGGAGUUUCGCAUCCGCCGGUGAUGACGUCACCGUCUUCUUCGUCGGCGAUGCUUAAGUGGGUUUCAAUGGAGACUCAGCCAGUGGAUCCAAGUCUCAGUCGCAAUCUGUUUUGGGAAAAGUCAACGGAACAGAGCAUUUUUGAUUCGGCUCUGAGCUCACUCGUCUCUUCUCCUACGCCGUCAAAUUCAAACUUUUCGGUUGGCGGAGUAGGUGGAGAAAAUGUCAUUAUGAGAGAGCUCAUCGGGAAACUGGGUAAUAUCGGCGAUAUCUAUGGAAUUACGGCGAGCAAUGGAAACUCGUGUUACGCAACUCCGAUGAGCUCUCCACCGCCUGGAAGUAUGAUGGAGACGAAAACGACGACGCCGAUGGCAGAACUGUCCGGCGACCCGGGAUUCGCUGAGAGAGCGGCGAGGUUCUCGUGUUUUGGUAGCCGGAGUUUUAACAGCAGAACAAACUCGCCGUUUCCGAUUAAUAACGAACCACCCAUCACAACCAAUGAGAAAAUGCCACGUGUAUCAAGCAGCCCAGUUUUUAAGCCUCUUGCGUCUCAUGUUCCCGCCGGCGAAUCGUCCGGUGAACUUUCCCGGAAAAGAAAAACUAAAUCCAAGCAGAAUUCUCCUUCUGCAGUUUCAUCAUCAAAGGAGAUUGAAGAGAAGGAAGAUUCUGAUCCAAAGAGAUGCAAAAAAUCAGAAGAAAAUGGAGACAAAACUAAAUCAAUUGAUCCUUACAAAGAUUACAUUCAUGUUAGAGCUCGACGAGGCCAAGCCACCGAUAGUCACAGUCUCGCCGAACGAGUUCGAAGAGAGAAAAUAAGCGAAAGAAUGAAGCUGCUUCAAGAUCUUGUCCCUGGAUGCAACAAGGUUACUGGAAAAGCACUGAUGUUGGAUGAAAUUAUAAACUAUGUCCAAUCAUUGCAACGACAAGUUGAGUUCUUGUCGAUGAAGUUAUCGUCAGUGAACACCAGGCUGGACUUUAACAUGGACGCUCUCUUGUCUAAGGAUAUAUUUCCUUCAAGCAACAAUCUAAUGCAUCAUCAACAAGUACUUCAAUUAGAUUCUUCAGCAGAAACGUUAUUGGGUGAUCAUCACAACAAAAAUUUGCAAUUGAACCCUGAUAUUUCUUCUAAUAACGUAAUAAACCCUUUGGAAACUUCUGAAACUAGAAGCUUCAUUUCUCACUUACCAACACUUGCUCAUUUCACUGACUCUAUUUCUCAGGUUUCCUUUUCUAAAACAUUCUUCUAUCACUUUUCUUUUCUUUUUCUCUUCAAUUUGAAGCGGUCUUAACCCUUUUUGGUUUUGUUUUUAGUAUUCAACAUUUUCCGAAGAUGAUUUACAUAGCAUUAUUCAUAUGGGUUUUGCGCAAAACCGUCUCCAAGAAUUGAACCAAGGUUCAUCAAACCAAGUACCAUCGCACAUGAAAGCUGAACUUUGAUCAACCACUAUAUGCAUUUUUACAAAAAUAUUGGCGUUUUAAAGGUCUCGAGGAUAGAAAGUAAGAAAAGGAUUGAUGGGUGUACAUAACAAGAAAUUUGAAUUGGACCACACCAUAUGCGAAUUCAUUUCUAUAAUCAUCUUCAUAUACAUAACUUCUUCUUUUUAUCCUUCCGAUUCAUUUGUGGUGCUCAAUUGUAUUGUCAUGUUGUUAUCCGCUAUUCUUCUUCUUAUCAGAUUCUUUAAACUUUUCUUGUUUGGAUUUAAUAUCAUUGUAUGUUUUAACCCCACUAUAAGUACUAUAGCUAUAAUUCUUCCGAACAACAAGACUGUUUUUAUCAAAC